AUGACCGUCAACGCAACAGUCCUCUACCCCACCGAGGCGGACGCCACCUUCGACCUGGACUACUACCUGAAAACCCACAUGCCCUUGGUCAGCAAGAACUGGAGCAAAUACGGCCUCAAGUCGUGGCAAGUGAUCCAAUACCAGACGGCGCCCGAUGGCUCCAAGCCGUACAACAUUGGCGCGUUGUUGACCUGGGAGAGUGCCGACGGGCUCAAGAACGCCCUGGCCGGCGAGGAGGCGGCGACGGUUUUCGGCGACGUGCCCAAUUUCAGCAACAAGUCCCCCAUCUUCAUUGCGGGUGAUAUUGUUGGUACUUCGUGA